AUGACCGUGGUCAAUUCAAGCUGUCAUGGACUUGGUAGGGUCACCUCAGGCUGGGCUCUCGCCUCUACGUCGGCCCUUGUAAGCCUGGACUCGGACAGGUGGCUUCCUAUGACACAUCUAAUUUAUGCACAGCUGGAUUCGGUGGAAUCUCAAGUGGACAAGCUCCCAUAUAUGUUUUAUCUGGGCCUGUUCUUUGUGAACGUCCUGAUUCUGUACUAUGCCUUUCUCAUGGAGUACAUUGUCCUAAAUGUUGGGAUAGUGUUUUUGCCCGAGGACAUGGACCAAGCGCUGGUGGACCUCGGAGUCCUUUCUGAUCCAGCCUCUUUGUCUUAUGACACGGACACUGAGCUGGAUGUAUUUGAGGGCUACCUUGAGUAA